AUUGCUGUUGAAUGCAAUCUGCAUUAGAAACAAACGUUAAAUAUGCCAACUGAAGAACAGGAUCCGGUCGAGUUGAUGCUGAAAAAAACAGGCUGCAUUGAGCUACACUAUAAGGUGCAGGAGUGCAUUGCAGAGACGGGCGACUGGCGCAUGUGUCAGGACAAAGUGAAAGAGUUCAAGGCGUGCAUGCAAAAAUAUGUGGAUGAACAGUCCAAGAAAUAUGCCAAUGUUAAGUAAAAUUAUAACUAAACUCUUCGGUACCAGCAUUAUCUCAAACCCAACAAAACUGGCACUAAUCGUGCGCGGAGAUCUGAAGAUGAGCAA